UCACCGACUCAGUUGAAUAUGAAUCGCGGUUCCUUAAACAUAGAUAUUGUCAGUCGAAGACAGUUGCCUGUCGAUUACAAAUACGGAGGUUCUGUAAUUUGUAAUGAAAAUGAAAUACCUUUGCGCAAUGUGUGAUCAAUCCGGGGUGUAUACAGCGCUGUGCUUUUUGUUAUUAAUAAAUGUGGCGCAUGAAGCUCAUGCUAUCACUAAAUACUUAAGAAGCAAUGAAAUUUGUAGUGCUAAUAACGGAAAAAGGAUUUAUUUGGAACUAGGCGACAAAGGGGUCCUAAAAGCCACAAAUAUCACCACUCCAAUUUUUACGAACAACAAAACUUCGAAGAAUGACACGAAUCAAGCAUUGAUUCAGUUUCAAUGUACUUUAGAUGUCGUCACAUGUCCAUCCUGUAUUAUAAAAGUGGAAAUCCGUUCAAUGAACUUUUCACGAAGUUGUAACGCAAUGGAUCCCAAUUUUGCCUGCAAGUGUGACUAUUUACACCUAUCCGAACCACCAUACGAAGCAUCUGGAAAAGUAAUUUGUGGUCAGCCUAACCAUUACGCCACAAGAACGCGAACCCUAUCGAUAAAGUAUUUUUAUCGGACGAAUAAUAACAAUGUCUUCGAAUUGACCUACACUUCUGAAAGAAACCAAGAGGAAAUUGCUGGAACUUUGAAUCAAUCGAAUUUCAAUCCGUUUGAGCAACCUACCAAUUCUAUCCACACAUUGUCAUCGCCAUUUUUCCCAGCUUUAUAUCCUAGAGACUAUGCAACUGAACAUUCCAUUCAUUGCAAUGUAGGGAAUAAUGGAACAGACGAAAAAUGUCGUAUCCGCGUUAUUUUCACAGAUUUCCAGAUUGCUCUAGACUCUACUCUCGAAAUCCAAGAUUACAAUGGUGAACAACUUGAUGUAUUCACUGGGACCCUUUUUCGACCACCGAUACUUAUUAGUCAUGGACCGACUUUGCUGUUGCGCUUCAAUGCUAAUGGAGCAUCCGGCAUGGGAUACCGAGCGCUAGUACAUUUUUUGACAGAAUCACAGGCAAAUAACGCUCAAAUACAGCCAGAUACAGAUUGUGGUGGACAUGUUGAAAUGAUGGGUGGUGCUAUUACCAUGAUGAAGAUGGUGUCUAACGACAGUCUACCGCGACUAUACGAUUGUAUUUGGUUGAUCCGGCCACCCAUUAUUUAUUCCCAUUUGAAAACACACAUUUCGUUAAGAGUGGAAUCAUUCGAUAAGAUGGGAUCCAAGUCAAUUCUUACAAUAAAACAAGGAAUGACUUCUGAUCGCCCAGAUAUGGAAACCGUAAUAUCAUCACAUCAGUCAACUUCUUUACCAGCAAAAACAUUUCUUGUACCGAUCACAUCCGGAUUUUAUGUUAGUCUUCGUGGUGCGUUUAGCCACGAGUCUGUGCUGGCUUUGGUCUAUACUACGUUCAGUUACAUGAACUGUUACGUGGGUUCAGAGUUUCUUUGUCAAAAUCACCGUUGUAUUCCUGUUCAGUUACAAUGCGAUGGAUUCGACCAUUGUGGUGACAAAUCUGACGAACCUGAUUCAUGCAUAAUGGAACUAUCGAACGAAGACUAUGAUCGGAAAUGGUAUUCCCAUACACCAAAUUAUUAUUUUCCGAAAAUAGAAAGGUAUCCAGACCUGAAAACUGCUACCAUUGUGUUUUUUGCUAGCAGUUUAGGACUUAUUGGAUUGAUAUCAGCUCUGGUCGUCUUGCUAUAUAGAACCAGUACAAGAGUAAGACAUCAACGGGAACUACAAAACCAUCUUCAGACGAUUAGUGAACUUUUAGACAAUACAUCGCGUCAAGAAGAAAUCGCUCCGGAAACACCACCGCCAUAUGAGCCAUACGGUCCACCCAGUUAUGAUGAAAUUAUCAAGGGAGUAAUGGAUGAUCAGAUGAAUAAAAAGGAAGCUCGUAGAAAAUCUUGCAGGCGGAAAAGUAAAGGUCGAUCAACAAAUCCUAACACUUCGAAUCCUAAUUAUGAGCUCAACACACAUUCGGAAGUCAUUCUACCUCCAGAAACUCCGACAUCAUCAACGGGAUUGCUACCAAGUGCAAGCGCAUCUCCGAAUCCAGAGCAUUAUCCACAUCCAAUGAAUUCGGACACAUAUUUAAGUCGACUUGAGGGCGAAUUAAUUGCAGCAUGCAUAUUGGACGUUUGUUUACAGAGAAUGCAACGGAAAAUCAGAAUCCAAACUCGAACGAAUAUCAGACACGGUGUGUCGCCCAGAAUACGACAAAUCAACAGAGUUCGAACGAGCCGACCGGGAAACCAGAAACAUCGACAGUUAUUGGAAUGGAAUGUACCGAGACAUUCGUAUAGAUUAGGUGGAAAAACGUUGGUACAAUUUGGAAAUGUCUACAAAUAGGAACCCUCUGGGCUCCGAGGUUUCAAAAAAUUAUGAGCAGGGGUUUUCGGCAAAUUCUAGAUCAAAGGAUAAAUAAUCCAAAUGUGUUCUUGAAUAUCUGCAACAUUCUCCGAAGAAAUUGUUUGUGAUAAUCAAAAAAGUACAAAAUUGUGUACACGUCCACCUUAUGUUCCUAUCUGAGUACCGUUGUUGUACCAAACAAUUUAUUUUAUGAACAGGAACGCAUGGAUACAAAAAUUUAAAAAAUUUAUGGCCUGAAUGUUCUUCCCAGUCUACUACCGAAUUUCCGAAUUAAUAUCACAACCACCGGAUUGCCUUUGAUCUUACACUAUUAUUUAUCAUCUCCAAAAUCUCAUUACUUAAUCUCAUUACUCGGGUGCACUUCAAAAUUUACUAGAAAAAGAUGUAUUGUUCGGUUCAGUCUAAAGUGGGUAAAUGUUCAUAUUCUUGCAAUAGAAGCACAUCUUUCUCAUCGAAAUUAACGAUAACUAUUUCGUAAAAUCGUACUGGUUUUCCAAAAGAAAAGUGAUGUGAUUGACAGCAAUGUACACUGAAGUACACGUACCGUAAUUUAUAAAUUGAACGUACACCAUUAACCAACCGUACUUUCGGAAUUUCUCAUUUUUAUGAACUCCCUCGCCAGCGCAUGCUACUGACGAAGCAAGUCCUAUCACAAGAAAAUUGUUUCUAUCAAAGCCGGAGCAACCGUCUUGUAACAUUUAUGGAAUCCAAUCACUGAAAUAGAGAACACAGACCGAUUUAGUAUAUUCAACUUUCCGUUGAACAAAGAGCUGACGACAAAUAUUGUAUAAUUACGUUAUAUUUGAUUAUGCUAUGCGGAUGACUACCAUAAAAUUUAUGUGUAACAAUUUUAUAAAUGUGAACUAUUCCUAAAAGUUCUUCUACCCUGAUAAUUACGUAAAAAAUUGGAUGCAACAUUGACCGGGCUCGCAAAUAGAACAGAAAUUUCGAAUGAAAGGAAUUUCAACAAUUCGGUUUUUCCACCUUGCUGUAAAUAUGUGCUCCUAUUAAUUGUAUAUUUGAAAUGCCAAGAAAAGUAUGGCGCAAUCGGAUUCACUAAAAUGGGGUAAUUCCGAUCAUAAUGAAAAGUGGUAUAUCUUGGUUGUUGUUUGAGUUUACACAGCGAAUUAACCGGAUAAUUAAGAUUUAUCAUUGGAGCUACAUUAAGUAAUAGGUACAGCACUUCAUUUUGUAAAUGAAUUUUGGUCAUUAAAUUCAGGUGAAUUCGAAGCUCACAAAUGUUUGAGCCUCAGCUAUAAUAGCAUCAUUUCAAGUCCGUUUAUCCAUAAUUUCAUCUGUGGUAAAUAUUUAAACAGUCAUAUUGACACACAUUUUAUUAACCUACCUGGUCUGAGAUCCAGGACGUCCAGGACACACUUCUGCUAGAGAAGAAAAUGGUUUAAAAUUGUUGAUCGCCUUUUUUGAGUCAAAACAUUUCUUUUGUAUCACAUUCCAAUAACAUUCUAUCAAAGCUAUGGCAGCUAUGGGAGGUAUGCAUGGAAUGGAAACAAAAUUGUUCGCAAUGAGAUAAAAUGCUGAGCUCUUGAUAGUGGCGUAUUUGAAAUGCCAAGAAAAGUAUGGAAACAAUGUGCCAUAAAACUUCAUGAAAUGUUAUGAAUGCGAUAAAUACAACGGAAAUUUUUCGUUAAAGACGUUUCGCCAGCAAUCUUAUUAACGAAAUAUCUAGAUUUUCUUGGGCAUUGCAUUUUUUCAAGUUUCUCCUU